AUGAAUCUGCCGCCCAACUGCAAUCGUGGCCGAUCGGUACAGGUGGAACUUCCAGGCCAACGACUGGUGCUGCCAGUGCGCCAGCCCGCUCGUCGACUUCCCGCGCUGGACCUCAAGCCCAAGGGCAAGUGGUUGUUCGGUCCGCCUGCAUUGGCCGUGGAGGACUUUUACCGCUCGGGCGAGACCAGCCAGGCAGCUGGUGCUCCUCCUUCGACGGGCUACGUCUACUCCUACGUGCCGAGCUACGUGCCGAGCAGGGGCUACGACCGCCUCGACCUCUGUGCGCUCAGGGUCCUGGAGGGCGCGGAACGGGUCCCCCUCGGCCCUAUGCUCAACGAGGUGGACUGGCCUGGCACGCCAGUGCUGCUCCGAUGCACGGCAGUGCCCGGCCUUGUAGCGGGGCGCGGCUCCGCGCUGCCCUGCGCGGGCCCCUGCACUGCCUACAUAUUACAGCAGGGCGGCGCCCUCGCACAGAACGGUGGCACGCUGGCGCGGGGACGCGCGCAGCAGCGUGAGUCCCAGCACGCCGACGCCGAGGCCACGCACGCCGGGUUGGCCGACUGCAAGCGGCAGCUGGCCAGGCGCAGCUGGCAGCUGGAUCAGCUCCGGCAGGAGACCUCGGCGCUGAAGGGCUCGCAGCAGCACCGCAGUCUGGUGCUCGGCGGGCUUGCCGAGUUCGACCGCCACCUUCAGAGACUGGAGGUGAAUGCAGCGUGCGAGCCUUCCGGCUCGCCCGUGCCGUCUCCCGUGCGGGAGCGUGCCGGACGCCAGCCAGCAG